CAAUAUCCAGCAACUUUGCCAUUGAAGAUGGGUGGACUAUCAUUCCAUAGGCCACAAUCAAUGACCUGAUCCACUCUAUGCGAAGGAGAUGUGUUGCACUGCGUGAGGCAAAUGGUGGUCACAGAUACUGACUGGUUUCCGAAUGUUGUGUGUGUGUUUCAUAGGUCAAUAGACAUUUGGUAGCACUUAUACUGCUUCUAAAUGUUUUUAUUACAGAGUGAAAUUGAAGAACGAGUUCCUGGGAAGAGAAGAAUGCUGAGAAAUCAUAAUUGCACAAACUUUUUUUUUAUGUUGUGUGGGAGGGACUGUCUUUAAAAGGGAGAGUGCAGGGCGCUGUAUUCUCACAACCAACAGACUACAGCUUUUUCAUCUCUUCACUAGUGUUGCUCUGCACCAUACUGGCUCAGAAAAAUGAAACUCACAGUAUCAGCUUUCGUGCUUUUGAUCUGCACAGUUGCACUGCUGUCCACAACAGAGGGUAGACCUGUUCGCCCACCGCUACGUUGCAACUGCCCUCAAAUGUAUUCAGCUCCAGCAAUUCCAGCUGAUAAAAUACUCUCAUUGAGGUUUUUUACUGCUGGACCACAAUGUAAAAAUGAGGAGAUCAUUGCCAAAAUGAAGAAAGGAGAGAUGUGUCUUGAUCCUACGAAAGACUGGGUAAUUUCUCUCAAAGAAGAAAUCAACAAGAGAAACAUCAAGAGUCAACAAUGAAUGAAUAUCACGGUUCAAAGAGCGACUGAAGAAACUGAUUCAACUACUUCUGUAAUAUAGAAUUUUGUAAUAUCUGGGUGAUACUUUAAGUAUAAUAUAUAAAUGUGUUGUCACGACCAUCUGCUUAUUAAAAGUGAACUUACAUGAACUUCAUUAUAUCUUAUGAAAUUAUAUUGAUUGUUAUUGUCUGAAUUGCAGAGGCAGACAAAGUACACAACUUCAUUACUUGAGUGAAGUAUAGAUACUACUGGUCAAAUGCUACUCCACUACAAGUGAAAGUUGUAAAGAUAGCCUUUUACUUAAAAGUAUGAAAUUACAUGCUUUUAAAAGUACUUAAGUAUCAAAAAGAAAGUAAAUUCAUUGUUUUUUGGCACAUUAUUGUAUACUUACAAUGAUGGUCAGAGGCCAAUAAGCAAAUUUGGCCAGGAUCCCGGGGUUACACCCCUACUCUUUUUCAAAGAACAUCAUGAGAAUUUUAAUGACCACAGAGAGUCAGGACCUUGGUUUAAUGUCUCAUCCGAAAGACUUUUGUCAGUAUACUGUAGUGUUCCCAUGACCACACCCUUGACCAGUUUUUACAGUAAUUUACCAGUAGGACAGAGUAGUAAGACUUUUUAAAUCUUAAAAACUAUUGUAUUGCCAUAGUUUAACUACAAUUAAUUUGUUAAAUUUGUGAUUGCAGUAUUUUUACUACAAAUUGCAUAAUUAUGGUAACCAUAGUGAGAGAAUAGUAAAUUUGUGAAAAAUGGGAUUUUACUGCAAAUAGCCCACCAUAGUUAAACAAGUUACUAUAGUAAAAACUGGUGGUCAGUUUUCAAAAGCGCUUUAAUGAGUUAACUCAUACACAUGCAAGUUCACAUAGAAUAAAAGCUAAAUUUUCUUUGUCAUGUAGAUCAAAGUGUAUGUAAUUUUUAUUUACUGUAUGCCGAUCAUUAUAUUCUUUUAUCAUAGCACCUG